AUGGUUGCCCGUGACGCCCGCGCCCCCAACGCACUGCUGCAGAAGAUCCAGCGCGCGGUCAAUGGCUGGCUACAGCCGGCCCCGCGCAAGGUCAGCGCCAAGAGCCCUCUCGUCACGAUGCUUGUGGGCAGGAUUCCGGAGCCACCAAGGGCGCGUGACGCGGAGCUCGAGUGCGGCCUGGACGGUGUGGACGAUGAGGUCGCCACCGCGCUGCUUCGGCGGCAGGUGACGAACGAGCUGGCAAAGCAGGCCCUCCUGGCGGACAUGCGCUCCUUCCUGCAGGCGCACCCGUCGAGCCGCCUCGCGGACUGGGCCCUCGCCAGCGAGUGGGCGCGAGGCACUGGCGGCAGCGUGGACCCGGCCGGCGCGCCGGUGCGGGUGCUCUCGGGCGAAUGGCUCGAGUGCUGGAAAAUCGCUGCCGCCGACGAGGAGGAGCGCACGAGGGGCUGCCCUCAGCACAACUCCGCUGCCGAGCCCAAAACCUUUGGUGAGUGCACCAUCUGCCUCGAGCCGCUCACUUCACUCGAUGCAAGGACCGCGCUGCCGUGUGCGCACGUCUUCCACACGGCGUGCGUCAGAGGGUGGUUCAAGUCGCCGUGCUGCACUGAGCGCUCCUGUCCUGUCUGCGCCGAGCGCAUAUAG